GUCCUGUGCAGCUCACUGCAAGACACACUGCCAGGUACUACUAGUACUACUACUGUACUAGUACUAAGUAAACGUCGUUGCGGAAGUUAGCAGGGUCUCUGACUAGCCCUUAGGCCUUCCAUCACAACCUACUGUCACAGUGACUGACAGUCUAGAUCUGUCCUUCGUCCAUGCGCCGAUGUUCGCACAUAAUCAUUGGUACUACUGUAGCAGUUACCGGUCCGUAACUGAGCUAUGCGAGUAUGUCCUCUGGCUCUAGUAGUGACGAAAAGGGAGAAUCUAGCGUUCCGUUCACCGUUACCAGUGUCCAACAGGGUACUACCGGCGGACAGUUUUGCCGGCAAUGGAGAGGUCAAGUGACUAGGGUGGCACUGCAGCUCAGUGCUGCGUUUCUACUGUACUGGGUGAGCUAUGGCACCGACCUGUCGGACGGCAUCAUAUUUGCCAGAUUGAUUCUACCCCCGUGUGCGCCCAAAGGCAAAGGCAAAGGCGAAGAGGCUGCAAAUGGCAGUGGCAUUAUCAAUUCCAGUGCUAGUAUAGCCAGUGCUGGCCUGGAUGAUGCCAUGGAGGAUGCCAUGGAGGAUGGUGUGCUGCUGAGAGGGAACACAACCAAUACGCCUGUACACACGAAUUUGUCAUGGAACACCACCCCCAUUGGACUGAAUGUGUCAAGCCGGGCUAUAAACCAAUCAUCAUCAUCACCGGCUCGUUUUGAAUGCGGAGGAUUUGGUGGGACGGCAGCUGAAACAGCCUGGAUCACAUCCAUGGCCACUGCUUUCCGUGUAGCAUCCGGGGUCACAGGUGGAGUGCUCAUUGAUGCGUUUGGCAUCCGCAAAACAAUAAUUGGUGCAACAAUUGUAUUCAGUCUAUCAUUGGCCGUGUGCAGCUUUGCUACCCAGCUAUAUCAGGUCUAUUUGACACGUGGCUUCCUUUCCGGAGUGGCUGCUGGGGUCCUGUUCUCCGUUCCAGUCCACUGCUUGUCAAUCACAUAUGACAGCAAGAUGGUGAUUGCGGCGGGCUUGGCAUUUCUCGGCUCUGGAGUGUGUGCAGUGACGUAUGGCUACGUUGGCAAGGAGGUGGUCAUUCAUGGAGAUUGGCGCUGGUACUAUCGCAUGAUCGCCUUGUUGUCUCUGCUGUGCGUACCGGCCGCGUUUGUCAUAUAUUUUGAACCAGAAAGUUAUAGGAAAGGUCAUCUGGCUCAAAAUGAUCACAAGGACAUGAGCCCAAUUGCGGUGCCUGGCAGCUUGCUAAAACUACGUCUUGGAUUAAGGAAACUGUUGGACUCCAUAAGGAAGGGGUUCGUGCUCUACCGCAACGUAGACUUCUUGCUCAUUGCAGCAUGCUAUGUCCUGUAUGCUAUUGGAUACUUCUUCCCAUUCAUAUCAUCCAGUCAUCGUUCUAAGGCACUUGGUAUCAGUGCGGGUGACGCUUAUCUACAAGUUGCCUACGUUGGAUUUGGUACAGUGGCUGGGUGUCUUUCGUGUGCUGCCAGUGGAUUGCUGUUCAACGUGCGAGCAACUCUCUAUCAGGCACUGGGCCUGACUAUUUGCGGUUUGUCCAUGAUUCUUAGCAUCCUUGUCACCACGGAGACAAGUCUGAUAGCAUACAAUGUGUUUUAUGCUGCUGCUAGUGGAUUCACGACGGCUGCAUGUGGUCCAGUGGCUAGAGAGGUGAUGCCUGCCGAGAUGACAGUACACGCAUUUGGCCAUCUCUAUCUCGUCAGCUCUCCAGCUAUGGCCAUAGGUCCACCAGUGUCAGGUUGGCUAUAUGAUGUUACACAGGACUACACUAUACCUCUCAUCUUUGGUGGGCUCGUUCUUAUAGUUGCUGGCUUGUUGAUCCUGCUUGUGGACAUCCGUAUUUGGCGGCGGCGCAGGCAGCUCACAAUUUUCAAAACCAGUUUAUGGAGUUCAAGUACUGACGCUGAUGAACCGCCGCAUGCUAUAGUCUGUGUACAUGAAUCCAGUGUGUGAUGCUCAGAGCGGGUACGAUGCUCAGAGCGGGUACGAUGAUGGACACCCGGCGACAAGUGCACAGCAGUAUGUGCACACCACUGUCACCAGUACGUGCACUCCAACACGUGCACACAAAUACACACACACACACACACACACACCAAUCCGUUCACAUACGGUGCGUCCGUUUUUCCGAAGCAGUCAAACUAACCGUUUGCAAUAUGCUGAUGUGCAUACGCACUCAGCUACCUCUGCCCAGCAAGCAACUGUGCACAAUCUCCACCUGGGCAUAAGGCUAAGGGAAAAUUCACAAGUACAUGUAUUUGCACUCCGUUGUUUGUUCAUGGAAUAUUUCAAAACGCCAUCUUGCGCUUGAAACAAUACUUAUUUUAUUAAAAUUUACAACUCGGAUGGAGAACCAAGGAUUAAAUUUAUCAUGAAAGGACCGAAAUGCUACAUGUUCUCCGUAGUUUGUGUCCAUCAGUAACAGUUAUAACCUUCACCUUUCUCAUGUUUAUUUCAUAACUUAGAACCUAAGUAUUAGUUGCAAGGCUUUUGGUUUGCGCAUCCAAGACGUGAUAUAGCUUAUCAUCAGGUCGUUGAAUGUCAGUAUCACAUCAGUCAGUAUUGUGCUAGCUGUUGCACCUUCUCACUACACAACAUCUUACAAUAUCUCGCUUAUAACUAUUUAAAAUGUUGGAUACAAACUACGGAUAACAUGUAACAUUUUGGUCCUUUCUUUUUAAAUUUAAAACUCUAAUGAUUUGUAUCCUAUCAUUGGGCAUCCUGGUAUGAAUGUUGAGGUUCAGUGCAGUCACGGACCAUGUAUGUGCACUGACUGUACAUACUAGUACAUCCCCAGCG